AUGGAUAAAUUCAAGGAGGAUGUCAAUACGAAUAUUUUUUUCAGCGUAGCGGACAGUGGUGUAAUUCAUAAAGGGGAUAAAAUUAGCUCUCUUCGCGGUGAACUUGAGGCUGCUCAAGGUAAACUUACCGAGUCAGAAAAGGACAAGAAAAAAGCUGAAGAAGAGCUUUCGGUAAAGGAACAAGAAAAUAGCAUGCUUCAAAGGAAAGUUUCUCAACUUGAAUCGGAUUUAGAUGAAGCUGAAAAGGGUUUCAAAGAAGCCACGGAGAAGUAA